CAUUUUUCAGACGAAGAAAUUUAUAAAGGAUGCAAUGAUCCAGCGAAUCCUGCUGUCGUAUGUCGGGCAUUACAGGGAAACUGCAAAGCUCAAGGAGGAUCAGGUCAGUGCUACACUUGUGUGCACGAGAUGUGCAACUUAUCAUCGAGUUUUUCGAUGAUAAUGAAAAUUUCUAGACUCAGUUUGUUUUUUCUGAUUUUUUGA